CACCGCUGUCGGAGUCUCGGAGUCAACGGCCAUCGCCACCGGCCGCAACAGCUGACACAGCCACACACAGCUGGCCCGUGAGUCUGGCGGAGCGCCGCGAUUCGAGAGCGAUGGCAGUGGUCGCGCGCGUCGUGCCGGCGCGCCGUCGACAAUGAGAGAAAGGGAUAUCGCCGCGCUGCGUCCGUACACGCGCCCGCCCGCCCGCGCCACCGUCGCUGCCGCCCCGCUGCCGCGUCGCACGCCCACCGAAUGCUGAUAAGGGACCGCGGUUGAGAUCCGCGUAGUUCCCACGCCGCUGGCCCCGGGUCCCCGCUCGCGGUGUCGCGUCACAUGUGCCACGCCGCGCGGCGCCGCGCGAGGGAAAAUGAGCAUCCUGCGGAAGAGAUUGAGCGAGUUCGACGACGUGCUCGACGCGGACGAGAUCGACACGGCCAGCCUGAGCAAAAUAUGUUUCCACGGCAUCCCCGACGAGCCCGGCGGCCUGAGACCCCUGUGCUGGAAGCUGCUGCUCAAUUAUCUGCCGCCGGCCAAGUCCAGUUGGCUGGAGACUCUGAAGCGCAAAAGGGAGCUGUACAAUACCUUCAUCGAGGAUCUUAUUGUUAUGCCUGGAGAGUCGAAUGCCGACGACAAGGAGAGAGUCGACGUGACGUUACAUGAUCAUCCGCUCAAUUUGAAUCCAGACAGUAAGUGGCAAACGUACUUUAAGGACAACGAGGUUCUACUUCAGAUUGAUAAAGAUGUUAGACGGCUAUGUCCAGACAUAUCAUUUUUUCAACAAGGCACCGAUUAUCCAUGUCAAAAGAUAGUGAACGCUAACGGCCAGCAGCGUCUACACCACCGAGUUCAGCACACGGUGCUGAAAAGCGCGAACGUCGAGAGAAAGGGCUUAGGGGUGACCAAGAUUUUACUUGUCUUUGCCUUUACGUUGACGUGGAAAGCAGCAGGUACUAUAAACGAUAUAGCGGUUUCUGUCAGAAAGGCUACGGAAGAUUACGCGCCGUUGGCCGAGGGUGGCGAGGCACACUGGGAAGUGUUGGAAAGAAUACUCUUUUUAUACGCCAAGUUAAAUCCCGGCCAAGGUUACGUGCAGGGAAUGAAUGAGAUAGUCGGACCUAUAUAUCACGCGUUCGCUUGCGAUCCGGAUCCCACGUGGAGAAAACACGCCGAGGCAGACACUUUCUUCUGCUUUACCAAUCUGAUGGCCGAGAUACGCGAUUUCUUCAUAAAGACUUUAGAUGAGGCGGAAUUCGGGAUUAACUCGAUGAUGAGCAAAUUGACGAAUCAAGUUCGAGCCAACGAUCCCGAGAUUUGGCUGCGUCUACAUCAGCAGGAACUAUGCCCGCAAUAUUACAGCUUUAGAUGGUUGACGCUCCUCCUCUCGCAAGAGUUCCCCUUGCCGGAUGUUAUGAGAAUAUGGGAUUCCUUGUUUGCCGAUGAUAACAGAUUCAGUUUCCUCAUACAUAUCUGCUGUGCCAUGAUCCUAUUACUGAGGGACCAGUUGCUGGCCAGCGACUUUGCUGCAAACGUUAAACUCCUGCAGAAUUUUCCCUCGAUGGACAUCCAGAUUGUGCUCUCUAAAGCCGCUGCCCUGGCAGGCAAGACCUUAUGAUUUUCUUAAUUAUUAAUUACGAAUAUGGACACGAUGCAAUUAUGUCGAGUAUCAAUAAUUUUCUUCCUCUUCCCGAGUUGUUACGAUCACAGUUGCGUGAUUUAUAUAUUGCAUGAUAAAGCGUAAUUUUAUAUACCAUCGUCACUCCAGAGGAAAGGAAUGCAAUAAAAUAUCAAUUAUAAUAUAAUAUCAUGUAGAUGUUCGAGCCGACAGUCGAUCUUAUAUCAAACAUUUAAUAGUUGUACAUACGAUACGCACUAUCGUAGCGAAUACUGAGAUCUAUGUACAGCAUUUUGCUACAUGUUAAAUUUUUUGAUAUAUUUAAAGCGUAUUUGUGUACAUACAUAAUGUUAUAGUGGAGUGUAACAUUCAGCCGAGGAGUAUCAAAGUAUAAAUUUGUACGAGAGACACGAUAAUCGUUUCGUAAAACGGCAGGUAAUGAUAAGGUGAGAAUUAAGUCGAAUAGGAAAGUCCCGAUUUGAGCUUUCCCGAUUGUCCGAUACAAUUUGAUGAAUUUAUCAAUAAUCGCAUCACAAUAGAUUAGUACCGUUUAUACCGCGCCAUAGCAAUUACACGAUACGUCAAGAGGAGAAAUUACAUUUUGUAAUCUUAUUUUUGUAAUAAAACGCGCCGUUCGAACUACGUUUAUAAAAUAAAGGGAAACGUUAUAUCAGUUCCAUCCU